AUGGCGACCAAUUCAAAUCGGGAUUACUUUUUUCAAACGUCCGCUUCCCUUGACUUGCAGGAGCGGAAGGACGCCAAGUCCCAGAAUACCGAUGGAAGCCCCAUUAGGCUACAGAGCAAGAUUCUGGCUGUCCGUGCCGAUCCGGUGAAUCAUGGCUCGAUCUACGUUGCGCAGAGUAAUGGUCUGGUGAGGAGAGUUGUUCUUGCAACGGGCGAGACAUCUGCCCUGUUCAAAGGGCCCAUGGCCCCAGUCACCAGUGUCUGUCUUAGUCCGGAUGGCAAGCUCCUGUUCGCCGGAUGCUGGGACAAGGCCGUAUGGAGCUGGGACGUUGCCUCGGGUCAGUCUCGACAGAAAUACGAAGGACAUAACGACUUUGUCAAGUCGGUUGUCUCUGUAAGACUGCAUGGAGAAGACCUGCUCAUCUCCGGCAGUGCAGAUGCACAGAUCCUUGUUUUUAAAAUUGCCAGUGGUGAACGAAUUGAGACAUUCAAGGACCAUGCUCGCGGCAUUCAGGAUCUCGCUUUCGAUCCUGAAAUGGAUGACCAGCCCGUCCUUUUCAGUGCGGGAAGUGACCGUGAGAUCCGACAGUUCAAGAUUUUCGGUGGUGGGGAACCUUUAGAUCCUCUUCUGCCUCAUGAAACCAGUGUAUACAAGAUGUUCUUCGACAACGAUGGUGAUCUCUGGACGGCAUCAGCCGACAAGACGGCCAAGUGUCUGGUGCGGGCGGACGGUUGGAAGGCCAACCUCACCUUGGAACAUCCCGACUUCGUGCGAGACAUUGUCGUCUAUGAAACCGGUGGCUGGGUUGUCACCGCUUGUCGUGACGAAGAGGUGCGCGUCUGGAACCGAUCUACUGGAGAACUCCAUCAUACGUUCUCAGGCCACUUUGAAGAAGUCACUGGCCUGGCCCUUGUGGGUUCGACCGUUGCCAGUGUGGCCAUUGAUGGUACCAUCCGCCAGUGGUCACUACGACCCGAUGAGCUGCAAAAGGCUGUGGAUCUGGCCAAGAAUGGCCCAGAAGAAGAAGAAGAAGAAGAAGAAAAGACGGAUGGCGAACCGAUGUUGACAGAGGAGGAGGAACGCGAGCUCGCUGAGCUUAUGGAUGAUUAG